AUGCCAGUAGUCACGCUUUCCGUAUACGACCUUAGCAAUGGUAUGGCUCGACAGCUGUCACCGGCACUUUUAGGCAAGACCAUCGAUGGUGUGUGGCAUACUGGUGUUCAGGUAUUUGGCAAAGAAUAUUUUUUUAGCUCUGGUGGCAUUGUAGCCAUGGCACCACAGUUGGUACCACAGCGUUAUGGCAUGCAGCCCGUGCGCAUUGUGAAUUUGGGCGAGACGAAUCAAACGCUACAGCAGUUUGAGCAAUUUCUACGCGAAAAUAGCGCUCGUUUUACUGAUGCUUCGUACGACCUGCUGCGCCAUAAUUGCAAUAACUUUUCGGACGAAGCUGCAAAAUUUCUAGUGGGAUCGGGCAUCCCGCAGUAUAUUUUAGAUCUUCCAAAUGAAGCACUCAAUUCUCCAUUUGGGGCGAUGCUAAGACCUAUGUUAGAAAAUAUGAAUCGGCAGAUGCACGCGGCUCCAGAAGACCAGCUCUUCUCUAUUCCAUUCAAUGAUCCAUCGCGAGCCAACCCUGUUGUGUCAAGUAGUGACUCGGAGACUACUUCUACUGGAUUGGUGAAUUUAGCGUCACAUCGAUUUAAAAUCUCUGGAGCGCCAGCGCUUCACUUAAAAAAGAUGGUUAAGCGUAUUACUACGCUUAACACUGAGAAAUUGUUGUCCGAAGAUGAAAUUUCGGCGCUUGAUGCACUGUUGACGCACGUUGCAAAUGAGAAUUCGAAGGAUAGGUCACCUCAAAGCUUUAAAUGGUGGGUAAUUGUCUCGAAAUUGCUAGCUAAGGGACAUGAAUCAGCUUUCUUCUUUCCAGCCCUGGGAUUGUACCGCGUACUAUCGCUGCAGCCAGUGAAUCCGUCCGAAGCUGCAAGUGAGAAAAAAGCGUGUUUCGAAGCCGUCGUAAAUGUUACGGAAGUCGAGUCGUCAUCAUUGACUUCUGCCCAGAAGACGUUGGUAUUAAGUGUGAUUGUAAAUCUUUUCGCUAGCCCUGGCUUCAGUGAAAUGGCACUUGCUGCGUCAACCCGUUUUUUGCCUUUUGUUUUCGCUACGAUUGCUGACCAGUCUGCUAGCCAAGAAACUCGCGUAGUGAGCGCUCAUAUCAUUAGCAAUUGCUGCUUGGCAUUAAAGAUUGGAGAGGAAGUGGUGAUCACUACUAUCGUCUGUGGUGCGAUCGAGACGCUCGACCGAAUAUCACGACUCCAAACCUUUUCAAGCACACACCAACAAACUAUUGAAGGUAUAAUCGUCGGUCUUGGUCGCUUGUUGCACAACUUUGAAGCUGCUCGAAGUUUAUCGAUUGAACUUGGGCUUGCUGAGGUUAUCCGGCGUUUAAAUGUAACACCUGGCCUUAAUGCCAUCCAGCCAUUGCUUUCCGAAGUUGUGCAAUUGAUUUAG